CAGCAGGGUGAUCAUCAAUUGAUCAUAAUAAUAUAUAUUCAGCUUUGUUGUAGUCAGAAUUGAAUUAUAUAUAUAUAUAAUAAUUAUUAUGUCAGAGAGUAUGAGUAUUUCUGUUAACGGCCAAUCUCAAAUUCCUCCUGGCUUCAGAUUCAACCCAACUGAAGAAGAGCUUUUGCAGUACUACUUGAAGAAGAAGGUCUCCAACCAGAGUAUCGAUCUCGAUGUCAUCCGCGAUGUUGAUCUAAAUAAACUUGAGCCAUGGGAUAUCAAAGAGAUGUGUAAAAUUGGAAGCAGUCCCCAAAAUGAUUGGUAUUUCUUCAGCCACAAAGGGAAGAAGUAUUCGAGUGGAAAGCGCACGAAUCGAGCCACAAGCUUGGGAUACUGGAAAGCCACUGGUCGUGACAAGGUGCUGUAUAGCAACUCUGACUACUCCAAAAAGAUUAUUAUUGGUAUGAGAAAGACUCUUGUCUUCUACAAAGGCCGAGCUCCCCAUGGCCUCAACUCUGAUUGGAUUAUGUACGAAUACAGACUUCAUCAGUGGUCACCGGAGAUUAAUUCAGUAGAAGAAGGAUGGGUGGUUUGUCGCAUCUUCAAGAAGAAAAAUCAUCACAAAACCCUAGACAGCCCCGUAAUGUCGCCCAUGACGACGGUUAACAACAGCACAAUCGAAUCAAGGGACCAGAUAAUGACAAAGUAUGAUCUAUCAUCAUCAUCAUCAUCAAUCGGUUAUAAUUACGAGGGAGGCUUAGAGGAAAUAUUUCAGUACAUGGGAAAUAAGAGUAAUAGUACUACUACAACUCUUAAUUACAAGGAAAGUGGUCACUUCAACAAUAUCAUAUUUAAUGCUUCUGAAAACGACACCAAGGAUGAGACAAUCGACAACAAAAACAGCAACAGGUCAACAUCAUCUACAUCCUUGAUCAGCAACCCCAACUUGUUAUACUCUAAUAGUAGCCAAAAUGGUUACUAUUAUCAACAACCGGCCAUAAUAUACGAUGUUAAUCCAAAUAACUUUGGGUCAACGAAUUAUCAUCAGAUCAUGGAAUCAAAUACGGUUACCAUGUCCAACUGGUUUUUAAAUGAACAAACUGAUCAGCUGGCUACUUCACUCGAUUAUUCUACUCAUAAUCAACAGCAACGAAAUUGAGCGCCGGAGUACUUCAUUUAAGACA